UCUGUCCCUCAGCUCAUCCUCUUCGGCCUCAGCAACCAGAUGGUGGUGACGUUCAAGGAGGAGAACACCAUCGCCUUCAAACACCUCUUCCUGAAGGACUACGUGGACGGCGCGGACGAGACUUACGCCGUCUACACGCAACGCGACCUCUACGACCGCAUGUUUUACGCCGUGGAGAAGUACUUGGCCAUUCCCAAUGAGACCAUCGGCCGCUACGCCUACGUGCGGGGGGAGAGCGGAGGGAAUCAGUCGGCCCUCAUGCUGUGCCAGCAGUAUUACCGGAAAGGACGCAUCGAUCCGGCCAACGACACCUUCAACAUUGACCCCAAGAUUGUCACGGACUGCCUGGGAGUGGAUCCCGAGGACCCGCAGCCUCUACCCCCCGAAUUUGACCGCAGCUACAAGAACUUCACCCUCAAAUUUCACAAACUCAUCAACGUCACCAUUCAGUUCAAGCUGAAAGCCAUCAACAUCCAAACCAUCAUCAACAACGAGAUCCCCGACUGCUACACCUUCACCAUCACCAUCACGUUCGACAACAAGGCGCACAGCGGCCGGGUGAAAAUUCACCUCGACAACCGGGCUGACAUCAAGGAGUGCAAAGAUCCCAGCGUCUUCGGACGAGGUAGGAGCCGCCAGGCCGUGACAAAAGGUGGCGUCUGUCCCCAACGGGUGACAAAAGGACUUCUCCCCACCCAGGAAUUCAGCCGGUUCUUCCGGCACCGUUACAACCAGAACGUCUGCUUGUCGGACCGCAUGGAAUUCCUCAACGGUUGGUACAUCCUCCUGGUGAUCAGCGAUGUCCUCACCGUCUUGGGAACCAUCAUGAAGAUCGGCAUCGAGUCCAAGAACUUUGCCAGCUACGACGUCUGCAGCAUCCUCCUGGGCACCUCCACGCUGCUGGUUUGGGUCGGGGUCAUUCGCUACCUCACCUUCUUCCAGAAAUACAACAUCCUCAUCGUCACGCUACGGGUGGCCCUCCCCAACGUCAUCCGCUUCUGCUGCUGCGUGGCCGUCAUCUACCUGGGCUACUGCUUCUGCGGGUGGAUCGUGCUGGGCCCCUACCACGUCAAGUUCCGAUCCCUUUCCAUGGUCUCCGAGUGCCUCUUCUCCCUCAUCAACGGGGACGACAUGUUCGUUACCUUCGCCGAGAUGCAACAGAACAGUUAUUUGGUCUGGCUCUUCAGCCAGAUCUACCUCUACACCUUCAUCAGCCUCUUCAUCUACAUGGUCCUCAGCCUCUUCAUCGCCCUCAUCACCGGCUCCUACGAGACCAUCAAGGUGAGGCCGGACCCUGGUGUUUAA